AGUUGUUUGGCUGGAAUCACAAUGUCGGCGCCGCUGUCGUCUUGUCGUGUCGUGACCGAGGCCGCUGUCAGAGCUGGUAACGCAGCGCAAACGUGGACUAGUAACUGCUGGGGACAGAGAGAUGUUGGAGAUGGGUUUGACAGGAAAAGAACGGACCUACUGGCGGGGAAUUUCACCACCAUCUUCCACAAACCACUUUGCUCUUCUUACGAACUAGUCAGCCGCGCCGUGCGCGUGACGCCUCACAACAUGGCCAAUUCGAAUUAUGGAGGCUACACACGUUUCGAACUUGAACUCGAGUGCCUAUCCAACCCACUCUAUCUCAAUCACCUAGCAACUCAGAAGCUGCUGGAUGAUCCAGAGUUCAUUGCAUACCUCUCCUACCUCCAGUACUUUGCCGAGCCGAAGUACAUCAAAUACCUGUCCUACCCAGGCCCUACCAUCCGAGCACUUGAACUUCUCCAACAGGAGAGAUUCAGAAAGGACAUCCUGAUCCCUGAGACGGUCGCCAGGAUGGCAGAGGAGGGUCUCCAAGCCAGCACUGAUGGUCUCCGCCGCGACUGA